AUGGCUCCCCGCAAUAACGACGAUGCCAUCACGGCAGCGGAGAGAAAGGAAACCAAGAAGCAGGCCAGCACCAUGCUGAUAGAUGCCGCCGCCGACAGGGAACUUGCGGCUGGGGAAGUCACCGAAUGGGAGAAGCAGAAGAUCCUCGCCGGCAAUGCCAAAUUCCACCAGCUCGGAUGGCACCGUCUUGCCUUGAUCCUGAUUGUCGAGGCCGUUGCGCUCGGCGCCCUCUCGCUCCCUUACUGCUUCUCCAUCUUGGGCAUGUUCGCGGGCACCGUCGUCUCCGUCUUCUUCGGCUUCCUCGCCAUCUACGCCGGACACAACGUCGGUGCUCUCAAAGUCAAGUAUCCUGAGAUCAAGAGCUACGCCGAUGCGGGGCGGGUGAUGUUUGGCCGCUGGGGCUACGAGAUUGUCUACGCCAUCUUUUUCCUCGAGCUCAUCUUCGUCUCCGGUUCGCAUUGUUUGACAGGCACAAUUGCCUUCAAGGAUUUGACCAACAAUGGCGCCUGCAGUCUGGUGUUUGGCAUCGUAUCCGCCAUCAUCCUCUUCCUCGUGUCAGUCCCUCCCUCGUUCGCUGAGAUGACCAUCCUCGGCUACAUCGAUUUCAUCUCCAUAAUCGCCGCCAUCGGUAUCACAAUAAUCGCUACCGGCGUCCAGGCGUCCGAGUCAGUGGGAGGAAUGAGCUCCAUCAACUGGUCCUGGAAGCCCAAGGACGGAGUGACUGCCCACGAGGUUUUCGUCGCCGUUGUCAACAUCAUCCUCGCAUACACCUUCACUCUGUGCCAGUUUUCCUUCAUGGACGAGAUGCAUACCCCGACCGACUAUUCCAAGGGCGUCUGGACAGCUGGAAUUAUCGAGAUCUUCAUCUAUACCCUCACCGGCACCCUCGUCUACGCUUUCGUCGGCGUCGACGUUGAGUCACCUGCCCUGCUCUCCGGCGGACCCCUCAUCAGCAAGAUCGCGUUUGGUGUUGCGCUCCCCGUCAUUUUCAUCAGUGGUGCCAUCAUCACCCAGACGGCUGCACGACUCAUCCACGGCCGCAUCUAUGCGAACCGCGUAGAGCGAUAUGUCAACACGACGCGCGGCUGGAUCACCUGGCUCCUGACUGUUCUGAUCAUCGUCCUUGUCGGCUGGGUCAUCGCAGAGGCAAUUCCCUUUUUCAGCAACUUGGUCGCCUUGAUCUCGAGUCUGUUCAACUCUGGCUUUGCGCUCUACCUACCCGGACUCAUGUGGUUCACCCUGUUGCGCGAAGGCCCACUUCUGAGCCGCAAGAACUUGGUGCCCCUGUUUAUUAACGGAUUCAUGAUUGCGGCUGGCAUGGUCGUUUUGGUUGGUGGAACGUGGGCUUCCAUCAAGAGCAUCGUCGAUGACUAUAAUGCGGGAACUGUCGGGGGGUCGUUCACAUGCUCGUAA